AUGGAUCCUGUCACUGCACUUGGGCUGGCAGCCAGUAUUGUCGCCGUCAUUCAGCUGACUGGCGCGCUGAUCAAGCCUGCCACCUCGUCGCUUGGACCGUCUGAAAAUGAUGAGAAAGAACUGAAGAGACUUCUAUCGGCCAUGGCCGGGUUUCAAACUGCGUAUAACAAUCUCGAGCUCUUCCUCAAAAGUAACCCUGGCACAGCGGAGGCUCUGGCAACGGCUAUCGAACAGCCGCUCGAAACUUGUAAGGCUGUACUUGCUGAGCUGAGGCUUCGGCUGGCAGGAAUGACAUUUGUGAGAAAGCACAUCAUUGGCAAGAAAUGGGACAAGAGUUUUAAACGGAUGGUGAAGCGGCUGGAAGAUGCAAGGCAGCUUUUCGAUGUCAUACUUCAAGGAGACCAAUCAGAGAGGUUAAUUAAGAUCUCGCAAUUUUUGGAGCAAAAUUCCGAAGAUAUCGGAGCAAUCAAAGACGGUCUCCAGGAUGCCGGGGAACACCUCUCAGAGAUCCAUCUCACAGUACAGACUAAUCAACAGCGUAUGGAAGCGCAAGCAGCUCAGAACCAAUCAGCGUUAUACUUGAUGAUGGAAGAUUAUCAGGAUAGGAUUGAGAAUCAGUUUUCGCGAUUGGAAAUAGAAGAACAAAAGAAGCUGAAGUAUAGAAUCCUUCAAUGGCUCACAGUCGCAGACCCCAGGUCGAAUCAUGACAGGGCAUGCAAAAGUCACAAAACUGGAACAGGAGACUGGUUUACCAAAGGCCAACGCUACCGAACCUGGCUCGCUGAACCGAAAUCUCUUUUCUGGCUGAACGGAAAAGCUGGCUGCGGCAAGACUGUUCUUAGCUCCACAAUCAUCGAAAGCACCUCUAUUCAUUGCGACGAAAAUGAAGGCUGCGUAAUGUCAUACUUCUAUUUCUCCUUCACGGACUCUGCAAAGCAACAAUGCUCGAAUAUGUUAUCUUCGCUCCUCGCUCAGCUCUCAUCACAGGUCGAUCUUACCCCCGAUUGCCUAGUAUCUCUGCACCGCACUUAUCAACAUACCACACCACCAACCGACGUUCUGAAAAGGAUUCUUCAAAAUCUGUUUGAGGAGAUGCCAUUCUUUCAUGUGCAUCUAAUUAUCGACGCAUUAGACGAGAUCCCGGGCACAGAGGGGCGUGAAGAAGCCUGCAAGUUGCUCGAAGAGCUUUCUCAAAGUCCGAAAGCCCAUGUAUUAGUGACCAGUCGUAGAGAGCAUGACAUUACCGAGUGUAUGUCAGAAUGCAACAGCGUCACGGACAUCUCGAUCCAGAACCCGGCAGUGGACUAUGAUAUACAACUCUACGUCCGAGAACAAUUAAAGGAGGACAAGAAACUCAAGAGGUGGUCUGCAUUACACUCUGAGAUUGAAGAUAUCUUAAGUAGAAAAUCGGACGGAAUGUUUCGGUGGGCUGCUUGUCAACUUGAGGCUCUAAGGAAGUGCCCGAGUAUAAAGAAGGUUCGAGAGGUACUAGGGAACCUUCCUAAAACGUUGGAUGAGACCUAUGAGCGCAUCCUUCUGAGCGCCGAUGAAGACUACCAAGACAUCAUCGCCGAAGCUCUGAGAUGGUUAUGCUUCUCAGAAGUAACACUGACCAUCGCACAGCUCGCCGAAGCAGCCAUUUUCAGCGCUACCGUGGAAUCUCCGUCUGAAGAAGCUCCAUUGGAGAUCUCCUUCGAUAACGAUGCCUUCUUCCAGGACCCACUCGAUAUUCUGGGCUUAUUAUCUGGGUUGGUGGUCUGCCUGCCUCUUGCCAAUACCGACGAUUUUGAUGAGUGGGAUGAUAUGGACGACCUUGAAGAGUUAGGUGAUACCGACGAGGCCGAUAAAUCGGAUAGUGUCGUUGACUCCGACGAUAUGGAACACCAAGCUCCUGAGCCACUGGCUGAAAUCGGUGUGAAAUCAAAAAUUCUACUCAGCCAUUUCUCAGUAAAGGAAUAUUUAACCUCAGGUCGGUUGAGAAGUCAGGAGUCGCCGGAUGGUCCCGAGGCAAGUUCUAGCAAUCACUUCAUCGACCUCACACAUUCGAGACCUUUCUUCGUUUACGCCUGCCGCCAUUGGGAUAAUCUCGCAAGAAAGGUGGACUAUGAAUCAAAACUUACUGACUUGAUUAUUUCAAUCCUCAAAGCGGAGUUAAGAUUAAGAAAAUUCUUCCUCGCAAAAGCGGUACCCGAUGACCUGAAAUCUCCAGAUAUCCCACCACUCUAUUUCGCAGCUGCCUUGCAACUUUAUUGGCCAUGUAAAAAGUUGACUCAGAACGGAGUCGAUGGCAAUGGGCAAGAGGGAUGCCAAUAUACGAGGGGGACAUUAUGA